ACUACAUAAAAGGAAAUCGCCUCUUAUCUACUUACCACCAUCUCUUGGACCGCACGACGAUGACGAUGACGACCAAACCUGAAACUGAUGUCUCUAUAGUAGUGGCAAACGAAGUGAGAGAAUGGCAUUUUCACAUUUAUUUUCGACAGAAGAAUGCCAGUGAGCAUCAUGCUGCGCUGGAGCUGCGUGAUGCCGUCUUGAGACUUUGCCGUGAUGGAGCUUUCGUGGCCGUGCCACUGUUCCGUGUCAAUACAGAGCCUAUUGGACCCCAUCCGGUGGGUUCCUACGAAAUUUGGGUCCCCGGGGAGAGCUUCUCUUCUGUAUUCUCGUUCAUUGCGCUGAAUCACGGACAGUUAAGUGUUCUUGUGCACCCCUUGACUUUAGAUGAGCGAGAGGAUCACGAACACCGCAAUGCUUGGAUUGGCCCGCCAUUCCCGUUGGAUUUGUCUGCUCUUCCUGAAAAAGCGAGUUCAGUACCCUUGCAAUAUCCGAGCCUCAGAAUGGGAUACUCUUCAAAUGUCCCUCCUCUUACAAUGGAACAACGAAAGAAAAUUGGAGCCAAUGUCACGCAUCUUCUGAGCAAGGAGAAGCUAGCGGCUAGACCACCUAUCUGGUAGUAUUAUUGAUCUGUACAGGUGUGUAUCCAAGCAAACCGAACUUCGGAAAUAAAGAGAUCUUGCGGAGAAAAUGCGACUGCAGAUAAAGCCGCGACGGCAACGUCGUUCACGCCACAGUAUGUCAAGGCAGUCA